UCCAGGUAGUCUGCUGAAGACCCAAGACUGAAUUCAGAGCCUGGUCUGCCGCAGAGCAGUGAAGCUGCUGUUUUUAAAAAACAUACAUCUCCCUGAUUACUGCCAGUCUGCUGCGGUAACGUAGAAGUGUGUCGCAGCAAAAUCAGGAGGUGAGGAAACCUGCUGAGUUCAUGUUGCAGAGGGUGGAGAAGCAGAGCCGGCAACAGGACGAAUCAGGAGGGGAGAGUGGAGGAAAAAAAACAAAGAGAAAAGAAAAAGUCCUCAGUGAGGAGUAGAAAGGAAUGAGAUGAAAGUCUAGACGGUUAAAUUGCAGCGGGCUGUGGAGAGCCGGCGGAGCAGAGCGGCGGCAGGAGCGCCUGUGGGCGGGGAGAGAGGAAGUGUGGUCGACAGGAGAGGAAUUUAAAGCCCCAUUGUUCUUUCUGGAAGAGCAGAGGCAGAGAGAGCUGAAGAGCCGAGGAGUCAAACCCGCCGACAGACGCUGGACGACAUGGACGUGAGCUCAGCCAUGGAGAAGAUGUCUGUGAAGCAGCGUGCAGGAGGUGCAGCGCUUUGUCACGUUUGUAAGGAGAGCUGCUCUGGAUUCCAGCCACAUUCUUGGAGGAAAGCGUGUAUCACCUGCAGCUGCAGCGUGGUCGACCACACUCCCGGAAGUGAUGUGGAGGACGAUCAGCGAAUGGGACGCCUGCUCGCAGACUCACCCUGCGCCCAUUUGACAGCGAAGGUCAAAGGAGGCGGCGGCCUUCGCAUGUACAAGAGGAACCGCAUGAUCGUGACCAACCCGGUGGUGUCACGUAAAGACCCGACCUUCAACACCACGACGUACGACUGGGCGCCUGCCGGCCUCAACCAGACACUGGCCAUGCAGUACAUGGAGCUCAUCCCGGAGAGGCGACGUCCCGUCUCGGGGACAGACGGAGCUUUGGAGCGUCGCAGGCAGCUCUUCAGUCAGCUCCCAGUCUACGAUCAGGACCCCAUGAAGUGUCAGAGCCUGGCCAGUGACGAGGAGAUUUCCUCCAUGCUGCUGUUUGUGAAGAGCUACAAACAGGAGGUGCUGGGAGUCGGGGAGGUGGCCUUACCUGGUGAGGGCGGAGCUCUGAGGGAAGCAGCCACUCAGAGGACAGCGAAGGAGGCCAAGGACCGCAGCAACAGCGAUAAGAAGGAUGCUCUGGAGCACCAGGACCAUGGCUUGACUAACAGCAACACUGCCUCUGCUACUGGCUCCACAAACGGAACAGACGACAGCAGUCAGACUGGAUAUCGGUGCACUGGUUGCCAAGGGGAGGUUGCCAAGGAGAGUCCAGCGGUUUAUGCUGGGCGUGCAGGUUACCAAAGCGCCCUGUGGCAUCCCACCUGCUUCGUGUGUUCAGAGUGUGGCCAAGGAUUGGUGGACCUGGUCUACUUCUGGUCCAAUCAGAAGCUGUUCUGUGGACGACACUACUGUCAGACGGUCUGGCCGCGAUGCUCAGGCUGUGACGAGUUGAUCUUCUGUCAGUCUUUUCACACGGCUAAAGACGGACGGACGUGGCAUCAUCAUCAUUACUGCUGCUGGAAAUGCGGGCAGAGCCUGGAUACACCCUGUCAGCACUGAGACUCAGUGCAGCGUUCAACACAGUUCAGUUCAGUUUAAGAAGUUUUAGCACUGCUCAGACACAGAACUACAAGGUCAGACGAGACAAAAAAAAAUGUUGAUUAGCUUUUUUUCUUUAAACAAAAGUAAUAACUAACGGAAAACAGCACUGAUUAAGUAGCGCUUAAAUUCUUUAAAUUAUAUGUUUAGUAGACAUUUAGUAUUUAAAAUACUGACAGUUAUAUAUUGAUGUUUGAAAUAGUGAAGACAUCUCGCUGACGUUGAAGUGCUUAAAGACUUGUUCAGUUGAGCCUACUGGUGUCUUUAGUACUUAAAAUGUUUAGUUGACACAAAAGUGUUUAAAGUACUUUAGAAAUAUUUGGAGGAUUUAUUAGCACUUAGUACUGACAGUGACUGGAGCCAGAUGUUUCAAAUACAAACAGCAGCGUACGGGACAAAAAAAAAAAAAGAUGGCUCAUUUAUCAUGGAAUAGAUGUUAAUGAUGUCAGAAUAUGUUAGAAGAGAUGUUAAAAUAUGUUAAUUCUUCAUGUUGGAUAAAGAAAUUUGACAAAACAGCCUCAACUGAAGAUCCACUCAGCUCAGAGCAUCACACCGUCUCCAUCAGCAGGAAAAGUUUGAACAUCUACAGCAUGAACAUCAGCAUUACACAAAGUAAACUCAUAAAUUAACUUUUAAUUAAUGUAAAGUUACUGCACAGGAUUUAUUUUGUCCUGCACAAUGUAACCAAGAGUUUCUCAGGCCACAUUUAGACGAAAACAGCCCUACUAAAAACAGAAAAAUCUUUCCUUUGCAUUUUUGAAAAUAAAAAAUCUACGUUUCUAUGAUAACAUUGUGAGAACGAUCCUCGUGUAUAUGCAAAAAACAACCGAAAACACUGUAGUAUGCAGGCCAGGCCAGUAGUUUGUGCCGUAACUUUAUAAAGACACACCACAGAAGAACAACACAUGUGCAAAGUGUAGCGCAUUUGGUUAUCGGUCAUAUCGGUUGGAUCAAAUUCUGUAUAAUGUAUUUCUGGACUUCUUCAUACUUUUAAAUAUUUAAGUAUGAAGUCAAAUUCAAAUAAUUUGAUGACAGUUUAACUUCUAGAGCCCAUGAAAAUAUUGUUACUUUAAAGCAGGAUCCAGGACCAGAACAUUUCAAGAAAACCUAAUUUAAUCCUUAAAGUUCUGCUUCAUGCUUUCAUAGAUUGUAUUGAUUGCGUUGAAGGGACAAACUGAUAAAAAAAAAAAAACAACAACAACAACCUCCUGCUGUAAUUAAAGCUUUGUUGUAAUUUUAACACAUUUUCAAUAGAAAUCACCAUGGAAGACUUUGCUGAUCAUGAAUUAAAUUAUAAUUAAUUUACAAGUCAGGUUUGAAUUUGUGCACAUUCAUGUUACACUUUGAUAUCACUCAGAAAUAAUUUAAUUUUUUGACUUUAACAUCAAAGAACUGGACAAGCACAAGGCUGGAAAAGGCAUAAACCUAAUUAGUAAUUAAUAAUGUUCUGCUGAAUUCUGUAAAACUGUUUUUUUUUCUGCAGGAGAUUUCAACCCACUGCCUUUUAAUACUCAUCACUGAACUCUGGUUGUGUUUUUGUUGUGCAAAGUUGCAAAUAGAAUAUAAUAUAGAUAGGGAUUUUGCUUUUUAUAUAUAUUUUUCUUUAUUUUCUUCUCCUGUUUGAUGUGUUAUUUCUGUAGAUUGUUUUUGCAUUUAAGGUCUUUCAUAAACAUGGAUCCCUGCUGCUAAAUGCUGCUUUAUUACAGUUAUGUUCCUGAUAAAGUUUUAUAUUGAAAGUAAAUGUGUGUAAACUGAGAGGAAAGCACUGUGAAGUAGACAACUCACAAUUUUUUCAAUGUGCUAAAGAAAAAAACUUACGCUAUUUAGCUUUAACCUACUUUUCUUCCCUGAAAUUAAUCGAUACAAGCAGCUGUGGUAUAACAGCUAACAUCUGCUUGCUUGUGAUUUUUAAUCGUUAACCUAUUGAUUUGACUGUGGUCAGAAAAAUGACAAUUUCAGAUUUUUUUUAAUAAAAAACAAUGUUCUAGUUAGCAAUAGGCCUUCUGUUUGAUGUGACCAGCUAGCGAAAUAUGUAGCAUAUAGAUAAAGUUUUGUAUUUUGCUUCACUUAAAUGGUGCAUUUAGAGGAGACCUCUGAAGUAAAAACACAAAGUUUCUGGCUGCAUAAUUUGCACUUUUGCAGUGUUAAAAAAAAUCCAUGAAAGUUUAGUUUACCAGAAAAAUAACAAUGUGCACUAGAUGGAGGCUAAUUAGCUUUAGCCUACUUUUGUUCCCUGAUAGAAAAUUAACAACAUAGUCUGUUUUUAUUUAUAGCAUAACAUUACCUGAUAUUUCCUUGUUUGUAACCUUUCAGUGACUUUUUUAAUUGAUCGCUUUUAGAGACAAAAACAAUAUUUAAGCAAGCGAUACUGUUUGACGUGAUCAGCUAAAUAUGUAGCAUCUAUGAAAACUGUUCAGUAUAAUGUUAUCUGUGACUCUCUGUGAGUCAGAUAUGGAAAUAUUAACCUGAAUAUUGGUAUUUUUGUUUGUGUGUCAGUAUGAGGUGUUUAGCCAAGCAAAAUAAACUGGAAGUGGAGGCUAGCUGCUAGCCUAGCUCAGUCA